AUGGCUGAGUGUGGUGGUGGUGUUGAAGCACUCAAAGGUAGUUGGGACUAUGUAGAUGGUGAAAAUUUCGACGCAUAUAUGAAAGAAAUCGGAGUCGGAAUGAUUAUGCGUAUGACUGCUAAAGGUGUCAAACCGCGUUUGAUAAUCAGUGAAAAUAAUGGAACAUGGACAUUGAGAACUGAAAGUAGCAUCAAAACACUGUCUUCCGAUUUUGUACCCGGAGUAGAAUUCGAUGAAACAACCGCCGAUGGACGUCAUGUCAAAUCAACGAUAAACUUCGUCGGCAACAAGUGGAUACAUACCAUGAUCGAUAAACAUGGCAAAAAAGCGAUAGUUACUCGCUAUGUCGAUGAUAAAGAUCAACAGAUGGUCGAUAUGGAAUGUGGUUCAGUGAAAGCUCGCAGAUGUUCUAUGUUAAUGAGCUGCUUUUUCAAUGGUGUACCAUGUAAAUCAACCAAUUUCAUUACAUUCGAAUCACCUUCCUAUGGUGGCUGCUAUGCAUUCAAUGCUAUGAUGAAGAACCUUCCUAACGGUGGAACUCGUGAUAGUAAUGAAGGUGGUGGAGAUGGAAUACUGGAAUUACGUCUUUAUGCACACAGUCAUCAAUAUGUGCCGAACUUAUCUGAUGUUUUUGACAUUCAUAUAGCUGUUGGCAUUAUGAUUAUGGUACAUGAUAAUACACAAUUGUCAUUGAUAGAUAUUGCUGACAUGGCUUCAGGACCUGGACGAAAGCAUAAAUUGAGUUUUACAAGAAAGAAAAGUUACUUUUUAUCUCUACCCUAUGCAAAAUGUACUAAUCAGAUUCCAUUGGCUAUGCAAGCGAUGUUCAAUCUAUUUCAAGAUGCCGAUUAUGCCUAUUCUCAAUUACUUUGCUUUACGAACUGUAUACAAUCGUAUACGUAA